AUGAAAACAAUUAUUUGUCAUUUUUUCAUCUUGGUUGUGGUAGCUUUAAGCCAUAACCAGCAAACGGAGGCCGCUGCCACAAAUGUUGAAAUUGGAAAAAAGGCUGUCGAAGAGUGCAUUAAGGAAGGCAGCUUAAAUGGUGAUGAUACUAGUCGCAUUAUAAAUGGUGAAAUAUUUAGUAGUAAAUACAAAGAAACCUCCGAUAAACUAAAAUGUUUCUUGCUCUGCUACUAUAAGAAAAUUGGCGUUAUUGGUGCAGAUGGCCAACAAAAACCCGAAAAGCUUAUGAAGUAUUUACAGUCUAGAUUUCCACAGGAUAAGGAUAAAAUCAAACCAGCCUUGGCCAAAUGUACUAAUAUCAAAUCUUCAAAUCCUUGUGAAGUGGUUCAUAAGUUCGAGGGUUGUGUUAUUGAAAAUAUAGUUGGCAAUAAAUGAAAGAAAAGAUAAUAAA